AUGGAUAGUGGAGAUAAAAGUUGGAUGGGUCUCCGGAGAUCCACCAAUGAGUAUAUCAGUGGUGUGAAUAACUUUCUUGAUACAGCUUUUGAACGAGCUUCCAAAGGAGAUGAAAUAUUGUGUCCUUGCAAAAAGUGUGCUAAUUGUAAGUGGCAUCAUCGAAAUGUGGUAGAGGAUCACUUGGUUGUUUAUGGGUUUGUGCAAGGGUACACCAAAUGGAUUUUUCAUGGGGAAAGUUUUUCCUCGAGAAAUCAUCCAGAUCAUAAUAAUAAGGAAGGUUCCAACAUGCGUGACAAUAUUGACGGCCUACUUCAUGAUACUUUUAGAGAUGUUGCAGGGGACUUGAGGCUUGAGGGAGUGAGAGAGGGGCUAUCCGAAGAUGCAAAGAAAUUUUUUAAAUUGCUGGAGGAAGGUAAACAAGAGUUAUAUCAUGGGUGUGAGAAUUUCUCUAAACUGAAUUUCACCAUUCGAUUAUUCUUGUUCAAAUGCAUUCAUGGUUUGAGUAAUGUGGCCUUUGGAGACUUGCUAGACUUGUUAAGAGAGGCAUUUCCAUUUGCUCAUAUACCUGAAUCGUUCCACAAAGCAAAAAAUGUGAUUAAAGAUUUGGGUCUUGAUUAUGAAAAAAUACAUGCAUGUCCUAAUGAUUGCAUGUUAUUUUGGAAGGAAAAUGAGAAGGAAAAUAAUUGCUCUGUUUGUGGCUCGUCUAGAUGGAAGACUGUUAAUGAUCCCUUGACUAAUGAAAGCUCCAAAAUUCCUGCAAAGGUUUUAAGGUACCUUCCCUUAAAACCUAGGCUUCAAAGAAUAUUCAUGUGUCCUGAAACAGCUGCAAAUAUGAAAUGGCAUGAUACUGAACGACCCAAAGAUGGCAACAUAAGGCAUGCGGCUGACGGGGAAGCUUGGAAAAAUUUUGAUUCCUUGCACGAAGAUUUUGCUAGAGAUCCUCGUAAUGUUAGAUUGGGUCUUUCAAGUGAUGGUUUCAACCCAUUUCGAACCAUGAGUAUUUCCCAUAGCACAUGGCCUGUUAUGUUAAUGAAUUAUAAUUUAUCACCGUGGAUUUGCAUGAAACCGGAGUAUAUGAUAUUAUCUAUGAUCAUUCCAGGUCCAUCGUCUCCAGGAAAGGAUAUUGAUGUCUACCUUCAACCACUAAUUGCAGAAUUGAAAGAAUUGUGGGAAACUGGGAUGGAAACAUAUGAUGCUGAUUCUAACCAAACUUUUCAAUUGCGUGCAGCCUUAUUGUGGACAAUUAGUGAUUUUCCAGCCUAUGCAAUGCUUUCUGGUUGGAGCACAAAAGGAAGAAAGGCAUGCCCAACUUGUAAUCAUGGGACAUGCUCUCAAUAUCUCAAGCAUAGUCGUAAGAUGUGUUACAUGGGUCAUCGGGCAUUCUUACCUCCUGAUCAUCCAUUUCGAAGAGAUAAGAAAUCAUUUGAUGGUAAAGAAGAUCACAGAUCUGCACCUACUCCCUUAUCAGGCACAGAAGUAUUAGAAGAGUUGCGUGAAUUCAAUAAUGUUUUCGGAAAGGGCCAAAAAAGGAAGCGUCGUGAUAGUGAGGGUCCAUGGAAAAAAAGAUCCAUCUUUUUUGAAUUGCCAUACUGGGAACAUAACAAAUUGAGGCACAAUCUUGAUGUGAUGCACAUUGAAAAAAAUAUUUGUGACAGUUUGCUCGGGACUUUGUUGGAUGUAACUGGAAAGUCAAAAGACCAUGUAAAUUCUCGAUAUGACUUGCAAGAAAUGGGGAUAAGAAAGGAGCUUCAACCAGUACAAGAUGAUAAUGGAAGAGUUCAUUUGGCUAAAGCCUGUUUCUCCAUGAAACCAGCAGAAAAGAAGUUAUUUUGCACUGUUCUUAAAAAUGCCAAAUUACCAAAAGGUUGUGUUUCAAAUAUAUCAAGAUGUGUGGAAGUGGAUGAGAUGAAAAUAUCAGGUUACAAGAGCCAUGAUGCUCAUUUCAUAAUGCAUUACUUGCUCCAAAUUGCUGUUAGAAAAGUGUUACCCAAAAAAGUUUCUAUGGCUUUGAUUCGGUUGGGGAACUUCUUUAAAGUCAUAAGUAGCAAGGUGAUAAGGCGAGCAGAUCUUGAUACAAUGCAGUCUGAGAUCUAUGAGAUUAUAUGUGACCUUGAAAAGAUUUUCCCUCCAUCUUUCUUUGAUAUAAUGGUACAUUUGCCCAUCCAUUUAGUAAAUGAAAUUAAGCUUGGGGGUCCGAUACAUCUUCGUUGGAUGUAUUCCACUGAAAGAAACCUAUGUUUCUUCAAGGGGCUUGUUCGUAAUCGAUUUCAUCUAGAAGCAUCAAUACUAGAGGGAUUCGUGGCACUAGAGCGCGUGAAUUUAUGUUCUAGAUACCUACAUGCUGGGGUGAAAACAAAAUUUAGUCGAUACCAAUUAGAGGAUGAGCAGGGAACUGAAACAGAGGGAGGUAAUUUGUCACCUAUAUUCCCUAAAUUUGGCCAUCCGAUUGGAAGGGAGAAAAAAAGCAAAGGCAAUAAUUUUCACAUGGAUCUGCAGUUAUGUGUUGAUAUACAUCGAUAUGUAUUGUUUAAUACCGGAGAUGAAAAAAUGGAGACCUUUAUCAUGGAACAUAAGAUUGUAAUUGACAAUCAUAGUAGAUCAAAUGCAUGGAUUAGAGCACAGAAUCAUAGUCAAGAAUUUGGCAACUGGUUUAAGGAGAAAGUGAAAUCUAUUGAAGUGCCUGAACAUUUACGACAACUCGCUAAAGGGCCUAAUACUGCGGCAAAAAGAUAUACAGCAUAUUUCAUCAAUGGAUAUCGAUUUCAUACAAUGAAACGAGAUAGUCAAGGUAAGACCCAGAACUAUGGAGUGACUUUAUCAGCAACGACUGAUAGUUUUGCUAGUGCUAGAGACCAAAACCCCAUUGAUGGAGAAGUUGUCUAUUAUGGAGUUAUUCAAGAUAUCAUAGAGAUUGAUUAUUGGGGUUGCUUUAGUGUUGUGUUGUUUAAAUGUGAUUGGUUUCGUAAUGAAGUAGAUGAAUAUGGAUUAACUCGAGUAUACUUCAACAAGUUAUGCAGUACUGAAGAUCCAUUUGUACUGGCAUCUCAAGUGCAUCAAGUUUUCUAUGUAGAGGAUCCAAUUGAGAAAGAUGUUUAUUAUGCAAGGACCAAAGUUCAUGUUGAUUUAUUUGAUUUAGAAGAAGAGAAUUGCCCUAAUAUUGGAGAAACAUUUUUUGGGGAGCCAGACAAUGACAUUGGACCAUCAAAUGGAAUACCUGAUGCUGAUGUUGAUCUCAGAUGGUCAAGAGAAGAUGUACCUGGUGAUGUCAUUGAUAUGCCAACUCAUGAUCAACAUUCAGAAUAUAUGGAAGAAGAUAUGGACACAUCAGAAGAAGAUGAGGACUUUGAUGAUGUCGAUUGGGAUUGGAUGGUGGCUGAUGAUUGA